CAAGUGCGAUGAUUAUGUCCACGAGACGAUCCUCACUUGAACGCACCCUGCCCAGACAGCCGGUAGAUAACCAAUUUCAUGGAACCACUCGUAGAAUUUCGCGAGGAUUUAUAUCGGUAGCAAUUGCGAAACAUUGAUGUACUGAAGACCUGAGCCUGCAUAUAAUGGAUGGACCGCAGACGACUCCAUUCACUUCAGAUAGUUCUGCGCCGCACUUGUGAGGAAAAGAUGAUUCACCUUCUGAUCUUGGUGGCAUGCACGGUGGGAGUGGUGCAUAGCCGCUCCACGAGUGGCUCAUCCACGGAUCCGUUUGCACUUCCCGACGGUAUGCUGAUCGGGGCUGGCGUGUCAGCAUUCCAGACAGAGGGCGCUUGGAAUGUGUCAGGCAAAGCUGAAAGCGCUGCUGACCACGUGCUGCAUCUGGGCAGAUUGAGUUCGAUGGGCUUCGGGGACCCCCACGGCCACGACGUGGCGGCGAACUCGUACUACCGGUAUAAGGAAGACAUCGCGAUGGCAAAGGAACUUAAGCUUUCGAUGUACCGAUUCUCCAUCUCGUGGCCUCGCGUCCUGCCCGACACGAACGCCGCCAACCCCAACAGGGAGGGCGUCCAGUACUACCACGACCUCAUCGACGAGAUUCUCCGAAACAACAUGACGCCGUUGGCAACUUUGUACCACUUCGACCACCCUCAAAUUUUGGAGGACCAGUUCAAAGGAUGGCAGGGAGAGGAGAUGGUUGCCAAGUUCACGGAAUACGCCCGCUUCGUCUUCAAUCAGUAUGCUGGAAAGGUAAAGCUCUGGGUGACGGUGAACGAGCCCAACGUGUACUGUAUAUACUUCCCGAACCUCUACAAGGUGUCAGGAAUCUAUUCGGACAGCGACGUGUAGGGCUGUGCGGUUAACCGGUUAACCGGUUAUUGCAUUCGGUUAUUUCAUUAACCGGCCGGUUAAGUUAAUGCCUUUUCCGGUAUAGGUUAACCGAAUAACCGGCAAAUACGGUU